CCGUCAUUGAAGCAUUCCUUUUCAUUCCCCAUACCAUGUCGCACACAAGGAUAUUCAGAGUGGCUAUCGACGGACCAGCUGCCUCGGGAAAAAGCACUACUGCUAAAUUGUUAGCAGAGAAGCUAGGAUUCGGGUACAUUGAUUCCGGAGCCAUGUACAGAGCGAUAACGUUCAAAUGUUUGCGCAUGGGUAUAUCUCCAGCCGAUCCUAAGAACGCUACGGAAAUCGGCAAGCUUGCUGCAGCAACCACUAUCACAUUCCCCAACAUGACAUCUGUCAUUCUCGAUAAGAAAGAAGAUAUCUCUUCAGAAAUUCGGUCCUCCACCAUUACAUCCAACAUAGGUGGCGUUGCCGCUAACAAGAAGGUGCGAGAGGCACUUGCUGAAAUGCAACGAGGAUUGGCUCGUGGCGAUUACCCAGAAACCUUUGAAGGUAGAAAAGGCGUCACGCACCAUGGUAAAUCCAUCAUGGGAAUGGUCAUGGAUGGACGUGAUAUCGGUACCGUCAUCCUACCCGAUGCCGAGCUCAAAGUCUUCCUCAUCGCCGACAGUCAAAUACGAGCGCAACGUCGGUACGAUGAAAUGGUCAAGAGAAAUAAACUGGAGUCAGGCGAGACGGUGGAGAAGAUCAAGGCCGAAUUAGAGCAACGAGAUCACGAAGAUCGCACUCGAGAAGUCAGUCCAUUGAAACAGGCAAGCGACGCCGUCGAACUCGAUACAAGCUACCUUACCAUCCAACAACAAGUCGAUGCCAUUGAGAAAUUAAUCCUGGAUAGAAUGGAUCACUUUCAGGAAUAGACCAAAAAUUGCUCGUUUAUAUUAAACAGAAACAUGCCAAACAAAAAGAAAAUAAAAAAAAAAAAGGCCCAACAGAAAAUGGGGGAAAUUAAAUGUACAAGAAAUCUAUCACAUCGGAUAUUGUUUCAAUGGCCAUGCUCAAUAUUUAGUAUAGCAGGUAUAAACAUACCAAUCAAAACACAAGCAACUUCUGAACGCGUCAUCUUGUCACUAUGGCCGCCGUUGAC